CCUUCAUGGGGUGGUUGUGACCCAAGAGCAGGACCCAGCCCUGGGCCUUGGUGACCCUCCUCCCAUCAGCCUCAGGCCCUGGAUCCAGCCUGGCCUGAUCCCUUGAGCAGAUCAGCAUCUCAGCCACCUUUGUGUCAUCUGCAAACUGUCUGAGGAUGCCCUGAUCCCCUUGUUCAGACCAUUGCUGAAGACAUCAGACACAGGAGGUCCCACUAGUGAGCCCUGGGGAGCAUCAGCUGUGAGUGGCAGUUGUGAUGUCCUGAGGAUGUCAGGAGGGUGGGAUUCUGCUAGAUCUCAUCCUCCUGCUCCAUCCCAAAAGCGCCUUUGCUGGUGGUUUAACCUUUGCACUGUUUGCCUCCUUUCAGGGCUGCCUGAAUCAUGGAGAAGUUUGGGAUGAAUUUUGGAGGGGGCCCAAGUAAAAAGGAUCUUCUGGAGACUAUUGAGUCGCAGAAGAAGCAGCUCCUGCAGUACCAGGUUCGACUGAAGGACGUGGUCAGAGCCUACAAGAGCCUCCUGAAGGAGAAGGAAGCUCUGGAAGCCAGCUUGAAGGUCCUGUCCGUGUCUCACGAGGCGGAUGUGGGCUUGAGCGGCGCUCAGGUGGCUCCUUCCAGCGCCUCCUGUGCCGAUCCCGCUGACGACAGGAGCUCGGUGCACAGCGAGGACAGCGUGGGGACGGCGGCCAGCGCAGACACUGCCACCAGUCUGGCCAGUACCAAGGGAGACCUGGGAUCUGAGGAUGACAAGGCCCCAGCCAGCGCUUCCCCUCUCAGCUCGGAGGAGGCGAGCGGCUCCGAGAGCGGUGCCAGCGGCGGGGAGGCAGCUGCCGCCGGCGGCGGGGAGGCGGACAGGAGAGUGGUGCAGCUGAAGAGCCAGCUGGCCACCCUGACCAGCGCCCUCUCGACGGUCACCCAGGAGAAGUCCCGCAUGGAAGCCUCCUACCAAGCGGACAAGAGGAAGAUGAAGCAGGACCUGGACGACACCCUGAAGAGGGCGGAGGGCGAGACGGAGAAGCUGGAGCUGGAGCUGCGGUGCCUCCAGGAGCAGCUCGCUGAGACCAAGGCGCGUUUGAUCACCCAGCAGCACGACAGGGCCCAGGAGCAGAGCGACCACGCCGUCAUGCUCCGCGAGCUCCAGAAGCUGCUGCAGAACGAGAGGACCUUGAGGCAGGACGUGGAGCUGAAGCUGGAGGAGACCAGGGAGGCUCUGGCCGGCAGGUCCUGCAUGGCUGAUCGUGCCGAGGGCUACCAGCUGCAGAUCAAGGAGCUGAGCCAGCAGGUGGAGGACCUGAAGAGAGAGCUGCGAGCCGUUCAGGAGGAGAACAACAAGCCAGACCCUCGGAUCCAGCAGCUGCAGGAGGAGAUGACUAGCCUGAAGAACCACUUCCAAGUGCAGCUGUUGCAGGAGAUGAAGAAGACGGCGCAAGCCGAGGAGCAGCUCCGCCAGCACGCCCAGGUAGAGGAGCAGCGGGUGGCCAGUUUGGAAGGCCAAGUCUCUGAGGUCUCAGAGCUGCUUGGGACUUAUGAAAAAGCCAAGCAGAAAGACCAGGUGGUCAUUCAGAAGCUGAAGGAGCGCAUCGUGCAGCUGGACCUGGAGAACAAGACUCUGGCCAUAGCUGCCUCCAGCCAUUCCCCUCUUGAUGUCCACCUGGAAGAAGCCAACCUGGAUGUCAAUGUCCUAAAGGACAAGAUGGAGAAGCUAAAAAAGCUCUUGAAGGCAGCAGCUGAGAAGAGUCAACCAGCUCUGGACAUGGAGAAGCUGUGUGAGCUGGAGCUUCCCAAGGGUUCUGAGGCUGGGGAUGGGGAGAAGGCCACUGCUUUGUACUACCAGCAGGAGCUGAAGCAGCUGAAGGAGGAGUUUGAAAGGUACAAGAUGAGAGCGCAAGUGGUCCUCAAGAACAAGUCCUGCAAAGAUGGCAACCUGGCUAAGGAACUGGAGGAAGCUCAGGAGCAGCUGGCUGACCUGAAGGAGAAGUACAUCACGCUGCAGCUGGCCUGUGACGAGCUGGAGAAGCGGCGCCACCAAGACCUGGAGGCCAAGAAGCAGGAGCUGUCCCAGCUGCAGCAGCUCCACAGGCAGGAGCUAGAACGCUGCCAACUGGACUACAGGGAAAGGGCCUUGAGGCUGGAGGAGGAGCUGCACAAACAGAGGGACCGAGCGCUGGCCGUGCUGGCGGAGAAGGACCGCGAGCUGGAGCAGCUGAGGUCCAUCACCUUGCCCUAUGGCCUUCAGGACUCCAAACCCCCCCCGGCGGCGGGGGCCGAGCCGGCCGGCAGCGACGCCCUGAGCGGCGAGGCCUCCGAGCUCCUCCCCCAGGCGCUCCAGCUCUCCGCCUCCAAGGAGGCCACCUUCUUCCUGUACGCGGAGCAGCUGGCUCGCAAAGAGGUGGAGAUUGUGGCCCUCAGGAAGCAGAAGCACAAGCUGGAGAUGCAAGUCCACCAGCUCCAGGAGAAGAUCCUGGUGGAGGAGGAGAAGCACCGGGAAGAGGCUGCCGCCCUGCGCGGCAAAAUCGAGAAGAACUCGAGGGACAAGAGCAGGGAAGGAGCCAACCUGGAGUAUCUCAAGAACAUUGUCUACAGGUUCCUGACUCUGCCAGAUUCUCUUGGCCGCCAGCAGACCCUCACUGCCAUCCUGACCAUCCUCCACUUCAGCCCGGAAGAAAAACAGGAGGUGACCAAGCACUCGGCUGCCAGCAGCUGGUGGCUGGCGGGGAAGAGGUGAGGGCGGCUCCUCCUCCU